AUGGGUCUGAAGGGGGCAUGGUGUUUUCCAUGGUGUGGGUGCCGGAGACAGCGGGGGACUGGAAGAAGAGCAGGUCUGGAUCCAGCUGCCCCUCCAGAUCCAGAUCCCAGGCCACCUACAUCCCCCACUGUGGCUGAAGGAGGGAUAUCCUCCUUAGAGACUGGUGCCUACUUCAGCAGAAAAGCUCGACUCUCCUUCCGCCACCAGCUGCAUGACAUAGCAUCAGCCAAUGACUCCACCAUUUGA